AUGCUCCUUGGCUCCUGGAUCAAGCUGGGCGCUGUCAUCAUCGACGUCGGCACCAACCCCAUCGACGACUCAUCCAAGAAGCUGGGCUACCGCCUUGUUGGCGACUGCGACUUUGACUCCUGCCAGCCAGUGGCGGGCGCGAUCACGGCGGUCCCGGGCGGCGUGGGGCCGAUGACAAUCGCGCUGCUGCUCAAGAACACGCUGGCCUCGGCGCAGCGGUUUGUCGAAGGAACCUUCGGCUUCAGGGGCCGUGUGGAACUGCAGGUGGUGCGGCCCAAGCAGGGGUCAUCUCAUAUGCUAUUCACAGGAGCCAUUGAGGUGAAGCUGAUGCAGGGCAUCCUGGAGGGCCACAUUGAGCAGGCCAAGAAGGACGGCUUUGCCAUGUGGUGCCACAAUGCGACGCAGCAGAGCUACGAGCCAGUGUGGGUGGUUCUAACAGACCUGGACCAGGUGCUGCGCGUCACCUAUGAUGGCUACAAUGGCCCGGGCGGAGGGGCACGCGCAUAUGUCAAGGGGAUGCCAUUUGCGCAUGUGCACGGACAACUCAA